CGGCCCGCCACAGGUGAGAGGACAGUGCGAACCCCACUGGCCCCUACCGGCACUUCUAACGGAUACCCGCCGACUGGCUUGUCCGCCACCCACCCAGCGACUGACCCGCCGAUCGGUUUGCCCGCCACCCACCCACUGACCGACUGACCGACGGACCGACCGACACCCCGGGAGCGAUGAAGGCCGCCCGGAUCGCCCUGCGCAGCGCCGCCCCCCUGGCAGGGGCCAGCAGCGGCAGCAGCCGCAGCCAGUUGCCGCGGGAAGUGGAGCAGUUCUCCCGGUUUUCCCCCUCCCCGCUCUCCAUCAAGCAGUUGCUGGACUUCGGCUCAACUAACGGAUGUGAGAGAACUUCUUUUGCGUUUUUGCGACAAGAACUUCCUGUGAGGUUUGCAAACAUACUGAGAGAAAUCGACCUUCUUCCUGAUAAAUUACUAGGUACUCCAUCAGUACAAUUAGUAAAAAGCUGGUACAUCCAAAGCCUAAUGGAUCUGGUUGAGUUCCAUCAGAAAAGCCCAGAUGACCAAAAGGUCUUAUCCGACUUUAUAGAUACAUUAAUUAGAGUCCGAAACAGACAUCAUGAUGUGGUUCCUACAAUGGCACAAGGAGUAAUUGAAUACAAAGAUACUUUUAAAGUAGAUCCUGUCACCAAUCAAAACAUUCAGUACUUCUUGGAUCGUUUUUACAUGAGCCGUAUUUCUACCCGGAUGCUAAUGAACCAACACACCCUUCUUUUUGAUGAUAAAUCUGGCUCAGGGCACCCAAGGCACAUUGGAAGUAUUGAUCCUUGCUGUGAUGUUGCUGAAGUAGUCAAUGAUGCUUUUCUAAGUUCCAAGAUGUUGUGUGACCAGUAUUACUUAACAUCUCCAGAACUGAAACUUACCCAAGUGAAUGGAAAAUUUCCAGGAGAGCCAAUUAACAUCGUAUAUGUUCCAUCUCAUCUUUUUCACAUGCUGUUUGAACUCUUUAAGAAUUCAAUGAGGGCCACCGUUGAAUUCCAAGAAAACAGUCCUUCUCUUUCUCCGAUUGAAGUGACAGUUGUUCUAGGACAAGAAGACCUGGCAAUUAAGAUCUCAGACAGAGGAGGUGGUGUUCCAGUAAGGAAAAUUGAGCAGCUGUUUAGCUACAUGUAUUCCACAGCACCAAGGCCGAGGAUGGAUGAUGGUCGAAAUACCCCUCUUGCUGGCUUUGGGUAUGGCUUGCCAAUUUCUCGUCUGUAUGCUAAAUACUUUCAAGGAGAUUUAAAUCUCUACUCCAUAUGUGGUUAUGGAACAGAUGCUAUUAUCUACUUGAAGGCCCUAUCAACAGAAUCGGUAGAAAAACUCCCAGUUUUUAACAAAUCUGCUUCCAAGCAUUACCAGGCUACCUCAGAGGCAGAUGACUGGUGUGUCCCAAGUAAAGGCCCAAAGAAUGUCUCAAAGCAGAGUGCAGCUCUCUGAAGAGAAGUUGGUAUCCAGGCACCCAAGGGGAUCAAGCUGGCUUCUCAAAAAAGACUAGCGUUUGGAAGUAUUCGUCUACCUCCAAACAAAGCAAAUUCUUCAGUUUCAGGACUGGCAGACGAGAAAGAAGAUGAGGAUGUUAUAGCCUAGGCUGUAUGCACUGAAUGUGAAAUCCUGCUGUGGACUUCAGGAUAAGGAAAAUAGGAGCACGUAUGUCUUUAAAGAAGAUAUGUGUAUAGAGGAAAAUCAGACUUUUUUUUUCCCUUAUGAUCAAAGACAUGAUGUGGUAGAGCUGUGCAAUUUUUGAGUCCUGUUUAAUGCUUGAAUUCCAAAUACUGAUAAACAUCAGUUAUGCUGGUGUAUAUUUUUCUCCUAGAAUAGUUAUCAGUGGUUCAUCUUAUUAUGGAACUAUUCAGAUAGGUAACACCUGUAUUUUAAAGCUGUAUUUAUGAUAUUUGGAAAAGAUCCACUUGACAUGGCAGUCUUGUAGCAAGAUAGAAACAGCAUUCAAAUACAGCCUGACUGGAAGGGAGGGAGCCCUGGGAGGUAGGGAGAAAGUGUUUUCCAUAUAUAAGGAAGUCCUGUUUUUAAAAAAAAUGCACCUGUAUUCCAGUAUAAUUCUUAUGUGAUGCCUUGCUCUAUGAGUUAAUUGCUAGACUUUUUUUACGUUAAGCUGUUCAUGGAAAAACCAGCCAAGUAAGGCUCCUGUGCAUAAGGUAACUAAGAAGGAAAUUGGGAUAUUUUAGAAAGCUACUGGAAAGAAAUGGAAAGCUACUUGGUUGUAGCAGCUGUACGGUUAGGCUACAUCUACCCUACAUCCCUGCACUCUAGAAAGCAUGUGCCAAGUAAGUCGGUUAGGAUUUUCCGAGAACUGAAGUCAGACAUGCAAGUUGAAUGGAAAGGUUUUGGUGAUCUGUAUUAUGUAAGCAUGACAUGGGAAACAACAGCAUGUUUAAAACAUGGUUUUGUUGUUCCUUUUUGUCAUGCUCUUGGAAGAUUAAUGGUUCAGUACACUAAACCAAAAUCUACCUAUCGUCUUUGUCAAACUCAUAUUAGACCACACUAGCUCAGGAGGUACGUGUGGAUUCUACCCCUCGAAAGCUGUGAUGAGCACUGAAUGUCUGUUUGAAAGGUUUUUGGGAAGAGUGAUGUUGGAACUAGAAUUCUAGUUCCAAGAACUGUUCAUUGCAAUGGAAAGGGCUUAGGAAAUGAGAAGUUUCAAAAUAGGAACCAGCACUGAAACCUAUAGAAUAACUUUUACGAACAGCAAAAUAACGGGGAAUUGUCAGGAGCAGUGCCAGUGGGAGCGAGCUGUUGGGGAAAUAUUCCAUUCUCAAUAAGCUGCUUCCUUUCCCAUCUUCUCUGUGGAUUUUCCCCCUUGUAAGCAAGGUGAACUUAAUGACCGAAUAGAAGUUAAACUAUUGGACAUUGCCAGACUGGCCAGUCAAAGUUCAUCAGGGCUGUAUAAUAUGACUUGAAUUUUUUUUACUAAUUAGCAUAUUAUCUUAAGUGUAUCCUUUGCAAGAAGUUGCAAGUACAGUAUUUAAAGUGUCUUGCUCAGUUGUAUGACAGAAAGCCACUCCAUACUCUACUGUGAAUAUCAAAUAUUUUUUAAUAGGAACGAGAGAAAGCUGGAACUACUUUUGUGUUAUAAAAAUCCUGUUGGGAUAGAUUUCUCAAUUGAAAAUAAAAUAGUAUUCUGAUAUGCUUAAUUUCUUUUAAAAACUGAGUUUAGAAGCAACUAACUGAGCUUAAUAACUUCAGUACUGCAUUAAGGCUGGUUUUUAUCCCAGUGAAUAAGCUGCAGUCACCAGAGGUCACCAGAUCAUGAGCUCAGCUCAGUGAAUGAGUUGGAUAAUAAAAAUGAAAUACCUUUAUCUAGAAUAUACAGGUAUAAAAAAGCUGCCUUCACUGCCAUAAUAUACUUGAAUAUUUGUUGAUUUUUGUAUUGAAUACAAGGUCACAAAAAUAUACGUAGGUAGUCGUUGUCAAGUAAACACAACUUAGACCUCUCUGUCUGCACCCAGUAAUGCUUGAACAUGAGUUAUGAUCUCAUGACACACUGUACAUCUGCAACAUAGCUGCAGCUACUCCAGGUAGGAGCUGUAACUUCUAUCUCAAAGCAGCUGAAGCACAUGGGUGCUGUAAACAUGUCUGUAACCUUCCUUGGCGGAUAGAAUCUGCAGAACACAGUCACGAUGCAGGCAGAGGUGUGUAUAGCAUGUGCGAUCUCUGUAGUAUUAAAAAUUACUUAAGGGCUAUCUAUGUAGAUAAUACAGUACUUGUUUCAGCAUUUACUGAAUUUUUAUUCCUGAAAGUACAGCUGUAGUUUUAAGCCUUUUAUGUGGAUGUAGAUCUUGAAAUAAUUUUAUAAUAAAAAUCUUCUAAAUGGU